UCUAAUUGCUUUCCAUGUAAAGGAAUAUGGGAAUGGAGGUCUGCUGCACUCUAGGUAUGCUGGAGAAGCAGCAAGCUUUAGAGCUCAAAAGGGCAGGUCUUACUGCUUACAACCAUAAUCUUGACACAUCAAGGGAAUAUUACCCCAAUAUUAUAACCACGAGGACAUAUGAUGAACGCCUGGAAACCCUGAAAUAUGUCCGCGAAGCAGGAAUAAAUGUCUGUUCAGGAGGAAUAAUAGGACUUGGAGAAGCAGAGGAGGACCGAGUGGGUUUGUUACAUACACUAGCUACUCUUCCUACUCACCCGGAGAGUGUUCCCAUCAAUGCACUUCUUGCAGUAAAGGGGACACCACUCCAGGAUCAAAAGCCUGUUGAAAUAUGGGAGAUGAUUCGGAUGAUUGCAACUGCUCGUAUAAUAAUGCCAAAAGCAAUGGUCAGGCUUUCAGCUGGCAGAGUUCGGUUUUCUAUUCCAGAGCAGGCUCUAUGUUUUCUUGCUGGUGCAAAUUCCAUUUUUACCGGCGAGAAAUUGUUAACAACACCAAAUAAUGAUUAUGAUGCUGAUCAAUAUAUGUUUAAGCUGCUUGGACUAAUUCCAAAAGCUCCAGACUCGUCCGAGCUUGCAUUGAAGGAUGUUGAAGCCGAGGAUAUCGAAGAAGUAAUUUCUUCUUCAGGUUAAGAUUUGCUAGAUCAAACAGGGAGUUUAAAAUUAAAAAACUAGUUUAGUUGUCGCAGCUUCUGUCUUGAACCUAGAGAUGAAACUUGAUCUUUUUCAACCCGGGAAUUCAAUCUUGUAUUUCCCUUAACAAGGAGAAAAAAGGUUGAACAUCAAUGCUCUGUUUGGAUUAGCAUUUUUUUUUAAAUAACUGUUUUGUUUUUAAAGUC